GCGAAAAUAGGAAUACAUUUACAAACAUUUAAAUAUAGUUUCGAUAUCAAAAAUCUAUUGUUGAACAAAAGCUUCUUAUAUUGGGCCCCCAACGUGCAUAAGAUGGAUUUUUUUUAACUUCCAUUUGAAGUAAUUUAUUAUCAGAUGUGAUUCAAUAUACAUACUGAGAUAAGUAUAAAUCAAGGGAACUUCAAUUCAAACCAGUAAUAAAAUGAUAACCGACAAGCACUUUUCUGAUUUGGAUGAGAAAGGUUACACGGUUGUAGAGAACGUCGUGAGUCCCGAUGACUGUGAUCAGGCUAUCUCGGAGUACCGGAAGUGGCUUGGGAGCUUCGAGACCAAUGGAUUCCCGGUGACAUGUAAUUCGUUGAUAUGGACAUACAAUGUGGAAAACCUUGAUACAACGUGGAAAUUAAGGCUGGCGACAAAGCCAGUGUUUGCGCAACUCUGGAAGACAGAAAAACUUCUGACAAGCAUCGACACUAUCGCGAUCGGGCGUCCACCGGAAGAGAGUAAUGAGCGUUUCCAGGAUCCUGAUAAUUACUGGUUACACGUUGACGUCACUCCGGGACGAGUGGGCGUCCACGCAUACCAGGGGGCGCUUUAUUUGGAGGAACAGGAAGAAGAGGAUUGGAAUUUCCUGGUGUUGGAUGGCUCACACAAACACCUUAUGUCGCUGUUUGUUGAGCAACCUGAGACUGCCGAUGCCGCGCGUUCAUGCGACUUCGAAUACCGUCUUAGGCGUGAUGACAUCACAUACUUUAAGGAGCGGGGCUGCCACGCGCGAAGGGUUCCGGUGCCAAAAGGAGGCAUGGCUCUCUGGGACUCCCGGCUUGUCCAUGCGACUGCCAGACCUAUCGAAGGACGGAAAAACGCUGGUCGGUGGCGAUGGGUGACGUUUGUGUCCAUGACGCCAGCGAUAUGGGCGAACGAGCGGGACCUGUCAAUCAAACGAGAAGCGUAUGAAAAAGUAUACUGCACUUCCCAUUGGUCGUCCCAGGGAGUGCGGUCGCAAGGCCACCGUACAGCUCCCGGCAUUCCUUGCCCUACAUCAAUACCAGACAAUGCGCGCUCCGACGAAGCCAAGCGCCUCGCCGGCGUGCUGCCGUACGACUUUAACGACGGAAUGCCGACGGGAGAGGAACAGCGGCCGGCAUGGCGGAGGUCUAGGCGGCCACUUCCGGCCGGACAGGAUCUUGAGAGGAGAUACGCGAAUGGGCACUUAUAACACUCAAGCAUAUGAUGAACUAUCAGAUCCGUUUAAAUAAAUAAAAGCGGAUGUGACAAAGUUUAAAGUUAUUUGUCCUACCUUUUCUUAACAAAUACCAAACAACAAAAGGCAAAGUGGUGUUUAAAAGUAUUAUUCUAUCUAACUCUGUCCCCUUUCACAAGCAAUUGAUUGUUCAAUGUACGCCCCUAUAAAGAGUGGACGAGUCCUUUUAAUUUUGGAACGGAUUUUAUAUGCUUUAUAGAUAUCAAUAAUCGCGAGUUGUUUUUUUUCUGCAUUUAUUGAACAUAAACAAAAACAUUAAAAGUUUUGAAAUUUCAAAUUAAUAACCACGUUUUUUGUUGUUGUUUUUUUAAAUUUUAAAUAGGUCUGGAGAUUCGCAAUAAAUUUGUAUAUCACAGAACAAAUAUUUAUUGCACUUUAAAUAAAAAUAAAAUGUUAUAAAAAAUUUAUUAUUUGAAGUGUUUUCUGAAUAUCACCACAAAAGGAAUUAAACUCUGCAGUUGUUGAUGCAAUAUUUUAUUGGUGCUUUAAAGAUACAAAAUAUUAUUUCACUUAGGAGAAAACAUAGUGUGUAAUUAAAAUGAACUAACUCUAUCAACUCAACAUUUUACCACCAAAAUUAUCAUUAAAUUAAAAUUGACUGUACUCAAGAUUUACCGAUUCAAACACACAUAUCUGCAUCAAUUUUAAUGGAAAACAUAUUCCGGUAUCAAAAACAGUGAUAACGGCUUCUCCCAAUAUCGAUACCGAGUACCGGGUUUUAGCUCUGCUCCAAUAUGAACUACUCUUAAAAGCGAAAAUUUGAUUAUAAUGGUUACUUUGCUAAAAUCAAAGUGCUGAAAGCACUGAUGGACUAGGGCUUCAUUCAGGGGAAUGUUGACAACCAUUUUCUAAGCAUUGAAAAAUAUCGGCUCACAUCACAAGGGGUCACUGUUUAAUGGGCUAGCUUAAACUUAAGACUAAAACUGCUUGCAAGCUGCAAAGGAAAUUUGAAAAAAUCUA